AUGAAUACAAUAAAACAAAUGUGGCCACUUUAUGAUCAUUUCUCUGACAAAUGAACUAGAAUUAAUUUUAUAUUCGCUUAGAGGGGUUUUCAUUAAAGAUGUGCAUAAUGAAUCUAAAAGUGUUUUCUCAAAAUUGCAUAUUUUUUAAACAAUUUUGUUUUAAAUAAUCGGAAUAUAACUAUGUAAUGAUUUAUUUUUUUUUCAUUAUUAUUUUUUGCGUAUAGAAUAAUGUCAGCAAAUGGGAGCAAGGCGGGAAGUUACAACAGGAGGCAUUCUGGGAAAAAAGAAAGAAAAAAAAACAAGCAGGGUGAUGGAGUCCUACGGUACACAAUUUUUCUCACAAAUCGACAAGCUUCGUGAUCAGCUUUUGAUCAGUAUCGAUGGGGUGACAGAUAGAGAAUGUGUUGAAGAGGAACUCAGUCCGCGAGAAAUUCUGACUCGCAUUGAAAGCGUCAUUUUGGGAAUAGUGGACAGUCUGUCCAAAAAUGAGGCCCCUGUCCUGCUGCUGCCCAACAGGUCAAGCUGGUCCAAUGUCGAUUUUGACAGUGGGAUGGGGCUUCAGAUGAGCUCAGAACAUUCUGUCACCAAUGUAAGAAGCAACUGUCCUUCAUCUGUCACAAGAUUUGCUCAGAUUCUCAAGAUUCUCUCGGUCAUUUACAGGCUCGUGCAGGGCAACUCUUAUGCUACAAAGAGAGAUGUAUAUUACAACAACACUCAGCUGUUCGGAUCUCAGAGAAGUGUGGACAUUAUAGUAGAUGACAUCUCCUGCAUGCUGAAAGUUUCUCGGAGGGCCUUGCAUGUGUUGGCCACAUCCAAAGGCUUAAUUGCCGGGGAUCUCUGCUACUUGGAAGAAGACGGCACCAGGAUCGACUGCCGCUCCAGCUCUGCUGCCGUUUCAGUUUCGUCAAACAUCUACGGCAUUAGAAACAUUGUGUCAUCAGCCAAAUUUGUCCUGAUAGUCGAGAAGGACGCAACCUUCCAGAGGCUGUUAAACGACGACUUCUGCGCAAAGCUCUCUCCUUGCAUCAUGAUCACAGGUAAAGGAGUGCCGGAUGUCAACAGCCGGCUGAUGGUGAAAAAGCUGUGGGACACGUUGCAGAUUCCCAUCUUCGCCCUGGUGGAUGCGGACCCUCAUGGGUUUGAGAUCAUGUGUAUCUACAAAUAUGGAUCAGUGGCCAUGUCGUUCGAGGCCCACAGUCUGACUGUUCCCAGCGUUAUGUGGCUAGGCCUCCUCCCCUCCGACUUACAGAGGUUGAGGGUUCCCAAAAGUUCCUUACUUCCCCUCGCCAGGACAGAUGAGAGCAAACUCAGCAGCCUUCUGAAGCGCCCCUACUUAGCCAGCCACCCAGAAUGGCAGAAAGAAUUGGAGCUGAUGCAGCAGAGUAAAGUAAAAGCUGAAAUCCAGUCUCUGGCAGAUAUUUCUCCUGACUUUCUCACAAGCAUCUACCUGCCCAAUAAGCUGCGCUAUGGAGGAUGGUUAUGAGUGCAAUGCUGCCACCUAAUGGAGUGUCAACGAAGGUGCAAAAGUUGAUUUUGAAAGUAGAUUUAUAAAUCAGACCUUCUUGGGUUUUCUGGAAACUGAUGCAUAUAAUUCUGUUGUUUUGAGUAUUUGUUAUUGGUAUCGACUGUUGGAAGUAUUGAAAAUAAAUACAGAAUUGUUUAAAUACUGA